CAGGGAGAGAGAGUGGGGAGUAUAGACAUAUGCUUGUGUGAGUAGUUUGUUUUGUUUUGUUUUUGAGCUUUAAAGAAGCCAGCAUAUUGUGGAACUAUAACAAUACACUUUGAAUUGGUUGAGAAACCAAAUUUAAAGCCCCAGACAUGCCCAAAAAUCCACACGAACAAGAUCACGAUUAUUACCUAGAGGACUUCGAUCCAGCUGAUUUGAUCGAGGAAGUGUAUGACUAUGAAUAUGAGAUAAUACAGGACAUUGAGACGCUAGAAACCAAGCCAGAGGCAGAGGCAGAGUCACAGGCAAAGUCAGAAACAGAGCCAAAGGCAACUGUUCCAGCCAAACGCCGAUUGGCAAAGAAACCUCCGUAUAUCUGCCCAGAAUGUAACAAAUCGUUUUCGGUAAAUAGCCGCCUGGUCGAACAUAUGCGCGUCCACACGGGUGAACGACCCUUCCAAUGUCCUCAAUGUCCAGCCCGAUUCGCCCAGCGUUCCAACUGGAGCACCCACAUACGUCACACCCAUAACAAGGAGACUCCCUAUAAGUGUUCCGAAUGCAAUCGUUCCUACGUCCGACGUCGUCUGCUCGAUCAGCAUGUAAAGACAGUUCAUAUGCAUUUGCGUGAUCUCCGUUGCCAGCUGUGUGAGGCCACCUUUAGUCAUCCGGUUAACUACAAGAAGCACAUGAUCUCGCAUAUCGGAGAGAAGGCCUUUUCCUGUGAGGUUUGCGGCAAGCAGUUUGGCCGUGCCGAGAAUCGAGAUAUACAUCGUUUCCUUCAUAGCAAUAGCAAGCCCUAUUCCUGCACUGUAUGCCAGGCGGGUUACACGAGGAAGCAGCAUCUGAUGCUGCACAUCCAGGCCACUAAGCACGAGAAUGACACAAUCGUGAGACAAAAGCCAUCCUGUUCUGCAAUGGAGAAGCAGAGAAACGAAGACGAAGAAGCAGUGGAUGACGUCGAGUAUAUUUCAGACUUCGAGCAGCAGAAAACCCAGAAACAUGAAAUGGCAGACGAUGAUGGAGAGGAGGAAAACGUCGAGUUCAUUUCAGAUUUGGAGCAGCAGAAAAAUGAGAAAAUUGAAAUGGCAGAAGGUGAAGAAGUCGAGUACAUUUUUGACUUGGAGGAGCAGAAAAACGAGAAAAUUGAAAUGGCAGAAGAAGAAGAAGUCGAGUACAUUUUUGAAUUGGAUCAGCAGGAAAAUGUGAAAAUUGAAAUGACAGAAGAGGAAGAAAACGUCGAGUAUCUUUCAGACUUGGACUGAUUAAGUUGAGCAGAAAAUAAACUCUCUUCUUAAUAGUCUCCAAUGGUUUUCCAAUGAAGUUAACAUUAACAAUUCAAUGAAGUUUGGAUAUGGAUAUAUAUAUUUUUCCACCCUCUUAAACAUACACACAGUACACAUGAAGUCAUAAUAAUAAUUUUUAGUUAAUUAAUGAUGUGAAAUAAAUGAAGAAUUUGACAUACAA